AUGGUCGAACCCAAAGAGAUCACGGAGCGGUAUCCUGAAGCCUGCCCGUUCUGCAACAUCUCCGCCGCCUACCCUCCGGAAACCAACAUCACCACCACCGCAGCAGAGAGAGGAAACGACGACAGAAAGGAAGAGGAUGACCUGAUUGCGUGCAUACCCACCACGUCCACCGCGGUGGAUCCGACACGCGUGGACCCUGGGGCGUACCUCGUCCUAUCGGCGCCGCGGGUGUUGGCUUUCUUGGACAUCUUGCCCAUGACGAGGGGCCAUCUGCUGGUCACGACAAGGGAGCAUAGAGGGAAGCUGGGAGAUGUGGAAGGGUUAGAAAGCAGAGAUGUUGGCUUCUGGCUCCCCCUCCUCGCCAAAACCGUCUCCCGCGUCACCGGCGUCACAGACUACAACAUCGUCCAGAACAAUGGCGCCCGAGCAGCCCAAGUCGUCCCGCACGUCCACUUUCACAUCAUCCCUCGGCCGCCGCGCAUGCCGGAGCUCCGCAACAAGAGCUGGACCAUGUUCGGGCGCGGCCAGCGCGAGGACCUGGACGAUGACGAGGCGGCGCGGUUGGCGGGGGAGUUGAGAGAGGUGCUCAAGGAAGAGGUGGAGAACAUGAAGAAGCGGAAAGGCAGUCGAUUAUGA